CCCUUGCAAAGUGUACAGCUUGAAAUGAAGCUGCUUUUAGUGAUUUCAGUCAUAACAUAUGGCUGCGCUGACAAAUUGGACCGCAGUUAUUUACCACCGUUCAAUGCAGCCUCAUCUGGUGGUAGCUCUAAAGACCUGAACGUUCCGUUUGGAUCACCAAACGGACCGUUGAGCUCUGAUUCACUACCAAAACUACCUGGCUUUGGACAGACUGGCGCUACCGGUCAAACAACUCAAUCCGCUGGUUCUACCUUCGGGUCAAGUGGAUUCGGCCCAGGAACCAGUACCACUGGAUCUAAGAUAUUCAGCCAGAAUACCGGUACAUCCGGAUUUAGCCAAUCACCAUCUGGAUCAGGACAAAAUGGAUUUGCUUCUAAACAAACUUUCGGUUCCGGUUCGGGAUCAGUUCAGAGUGCACAAAGUGGAUUUAAGCAAACGUCAACCUUCGGGCAAGGUGGUCAAGGUUCGAACUCGUUUGCGCAGACAUAUCAGUCGCAACGCCCACAGAGCGAAGCCGAAAGAAAUGCUCAAAUCCUAAGGUACGAAAAUGAAAACGACGGUGAAAGGUACGCGUAUAGUUUUGAAACUUCUAACGGUAUAUCUGCUGAAGAAGCUGGUGUAGCUACGAAUGGUGUAAAAGCUCAAGGUGCAUUCUCAUAUACAUCGGAUGAAGGUGAAAAGAUAAGUGUGACGUACACUGCUGACGAAAAUGGUUUCCAACCUCAGGGAGAACAUUUGCCUACUCCUCCUCCAAUUCCCGAAGAAAUACUAAAGUCUAUCGAAGAGAACGCUAGAGCUGCAGCAGCUGGGAUCCAAGAAGGUGCUUAUCGCCCUGAAGAGGACUCGAAUGAACUCAAUUAUGGAACUUCUUCAAGCUCCGCUCAAGGUCAAGGUUUCAAGCAACAAGGUUUCCAAGGACAACGUACACAAAGUAAUCAGCAAGGUUACACUUACGGCCGGGGUUCUCAAGGGCAAACUGCAUUUGGACAGGGAGUUGGAUCUGAGGGGCAAGGCGUUUUUGGUCAGACAACUGGUUCUCAAGGACAGGGUACCUUCGGACAGAGUGCUGGAACGAAAGGACAAGGUAGCUUCGGACAGAGUGCUGGAACGAAAGGACAAGGUACCUUCGGGCAAACUUCUGGAUCACAAGGACAGGGUGCUUUUGGACAGAGUUUUGGAACACAGGGACAAGGGGGACAAGCAGAUUUCGGGAAGGCCACUGGAACUAAAGUACAAGGUAGCUUCGGACAAAGCGCUGGAUUAGGAGGACAGGGUGGUUUUGGACAGACAGCUGGUGGUCAGGGACGGGGUACUUUUGGACAGAGUGCUGGAAGUCAAGGGCAAGGUGGACAAGGUGCUUUCGGGCAGACCACUGGAACUAAAGUACAAGGUGGCUUUGGACAAAGCGCUGGAUUAGGAGGACAGGGCUCCUUUGGACAGAGUGCUGGAAGUCAAGUGCAAGGUGGACAAGGUGCUUUCGGGCAGACCACUGGCACUAAAGUACAAGGUGGCUUUGGACAAAGCGCUGGAUCAGGAGGACAGGGUGGUUUUGGACAGACAACUGGUGGUAAGGGACAGGGUACCUUUGGACAGAGUGCUGGAACUAAAGUACAAGGAAGCUUCGGACAAAGUGCUGGGACACGUGGACAAGGUGGUUUUGGUCAAACAACCGGUUCUCAAGGACAAGGACAAGGUGCCUUUGGACAGACUGUGGGCACACAAGGACAAGGAAGCUUUGGAAUUGGUUCAGGUUCUGUGGGACAAUCAGCUCAAGGCAGUCAACUUAAUCAACAAGGUAACGGCCUAAAAGAGACAGGCUAUCAAUAUAAUCGUCCACAGAGUUCUUCAUCUUCUGAGGGUAGUCGACCUGGACAAGGAAGUGGCUCACAGGGCCAGAGCGUUUUUGGUCAAACCACAGGGUUAAAAGGUCAGGGAGUCUUUGGACAGGCAACUGGUUCUCGAGGACAAGGUACUUUUGGACAGACCGGUGCACAAGGUGGCUUUGGGCAGACUUCAGGCACGCAAGGACAAGGUGCCUUUGGACAAAACGCUGGGACACGAGGACAAGGUAGCUUUGGUUCAACAGCUGGAUCACAAGGUCAGGGUGGAUUCGGACAGUCUGUUGCUGUGAAGGGACAAGGUGGUUUUGGACAGAAUGCAGGAGCCCAAGGCCAGGGUAUCUUUGGGCAGACUGCAGGAACUCAAGGUCAAGGUGGAUAUGGACAAACAGCGGGUACACAAGGGCAAAUAGGUCAGAGCACCUUUGGUCAGACCGCUGGAACUAAAGGGCAAGGAAGCUUCGGACAAACUGUUGGUUCAAGAGGUCAGGGAGUAUUUGGACAGACAACUCAAGGACAAGGCACGGCUGGACAAGGUGCUGGGAUUCGUGGACAAGGUGAUUUCGGGCAGAGCGGUGGCGCAAAAGGACAGAGUGCAUUUGGCCCGACAGCAGGAACUCAAGGACAAAGUGGCUUUGGAGUAGGAUCUGGAAAUGGUCAAAAAGAGACAGGUUAUCAAUACAAUCGUCCACAAGGAUCUUCCCCUGCUGGUGGUAACCGACCAGGACAAGGAUUUUUGCCACAAACUAAUACACAAUCUGGAUCCGGUUCAUUUGGUUCUUCUGGACAAGGUUCAGGUUUCCAACCUAAUUCCAACAGGCCCGGCAGUAACCAGCCAAGUUCGGGAUCCGGAAACGGUAGACCUUCGCAAUACCAGCCUGGUGGGAACACGCCAUCUUCAUCGGGCAAUGGACAGGGAACUUCAUACAAGCCUGGUGGAAAUCAAUCCUUUGGUUCUACUAGUGGUUCUGGAUAUCAGUACAACAGACCUGGAUCUCAGUCUAGCCAAGGCAGUCAGCCCCAACGUCCCGGAUUUGGUGGUUCUUCCCCUAACCAGGGUGCUGGUCAAGAAUUCGGUGGCCCUCGCCAGCCUCCAAGCUAUAGCCCCGAGGAAGGAUACAAAUAUUGAGGCCAAAGGAUUGUAGUGCAAUUGUAGGAUAAGUAAUGUCGGCAUUAGAAAAAUUAAAAAAAAUGAACGUAGCUUUUAAAACAUAAAGCAAAUUGUUUGACUUUAA